AGUUACUUCACAGAUUUGGAUUAAUGAUGUGUAGUAUAAGCAAUACUUAAAUAAGACAUUAGUUCCAUCUGGAGUAAAAUCACAAGCUAGCCUGCAGCAUACAAAAUUAUUAAAACAUACUCCAGCUUUACCAGCUUUAAUGCUACAAUAAUUUCAAUCAAAAACAUGACAUGGGCCAAUCUGCAUACGUAGUACUUUUACUUGGUACUUUAAGUAUAUUAUAAUGCCAAUACUUUCCCACUUUUAUUCAAGCAACAUUUCGAUUGUAUAACUUUUAUUGCAACACAGUAUUACCACACUCAGGUACUUAUAUCUUUACAGUAGUACUUCUUACGCCUCUGCAACCAUCCUGGAUGUGUAUGUAGGUGUGAUUGGUGCGCAUGUGUCUUCGUGGCUUUACGCAUGCGCAUUACGAAGGGAGCGCUUUUACCACGUAGUUAGUGUCGCCUGCAGGAAAGCAUCAGGAAUUGUGAAUAAAAAGCUAUAGUAAACAAAUUCACUCCUGCCAAAUUAUUUCAACCGACUUUCAAAAAAAUGGCGAGGUACCUGAGACCGCCUAACACAUCUCUCUUCGUUAGAAACAUCGCGGAUGACUCCAGGCCAGAGGAUUUACGACAAUGAUAAAGAUACAGUUCUGGAGAUCCCGCACCAAAGAAAGUUGAAAGGCGGUUUUAGCGUAGAUUCAAGCCAAAGACACCCAGGCGACAAGCAAUAGUGGAAUUGGAAAAUAAAGAGAGCAAAAGAAUGAAGACAAAGAGGAGAAAAGAGAGCACCCAGGCAUCCAUUUGUCUACCAAAACGAGGAAAAGAAAAGUGUUUAUUGGGCAAAGACAAGCAGGAAACCUCAAGUUCUUCUGCCAAGACAAUAAAGAUCAAGCUGAAGGUCAAAGGUCAAGCAGGUUUAAAGCCCUUAUUGGAAAUUGUUGUGCAUGUGUGCGGCCCUCUCUGUCCCAACUCUCCACAUUUCAAAAUAAAAGCCCUUAACAAUACAGCUACAUUUGAAGAUGUCCGGGAUGCAGAGGACGCUCUUCACAACCUGGACCAUAAAUGGGUUUGUGGGCGUCAGAUCGAGAUCCAGUUUGCCCAGGGGGACAGAAAGACCCCUAACCAGAUGAAGACCAAGGACAGCCCUUCCCCUCGCAGCUUCUCCCGCUCCGACGAUGAUCGAGAUAGACGUCGGAGACGGUCGCGGAGCCGCAGCAAUGAACGGCGCAGGUCCCGGAGCCCCUCCUAUGAGCGCCGACCUCGGAGGUCUGAGAGCCCUAGAGAAUCUCGUUCCUACAGUCGACACAGACGGAUCACAAGCCGUGAAAAUGACAGGUACAGAGGCCCUCCUCGCGAACACCACAGGACGCUCCGUGAGGCAGGCUCACACAGCCGCUCCGCAUCCCGCUCCCCUCCUCCCUCCAGACCCAUGGCCAAAGGUAAAAAGAGCCAGUCCAGGUCCCACAGCCCAGUGGAGGACUUCCACCCAUCCUCCAGCUCCCACAAACAGCCUGUGGGACGGUCUCCAUCCCGCUCCUACUCUCGCUCCAUGUCUCGGUCACGCUCUCGCUCCAGGUCCUGGGCUGGACGCAAGUCUGGAGGCCACUGACUGUCUGUUCCCCAAAGCCCUGAUAAUCUGUGUCUGAGGACGUUUCGGUUCAGCUACGAUAAAGAGGCGGUUAGGCUUUUUUCGUUUCCCAACACUUUACGGUCUGCUGCCAAAGGGGAAACCCAUCGUAUCGAUUUUUUGAAAACGCUUUUUGUUUUGAGAUGUUUUUUUGACCUUUAAUGUCAGAUGCUACAUGUUGGCGUUGCCAAUAAUAUUUUUGUACUUUAAGUUAUGAAUAUUUAUGUUCAUACAUGUGUUAGUAUGAUGCCCGCCUCCCUUUGGCUCUAUUUUGUUAGAAUAAGUAAAGAUAAGUUCAGACCCUGCAUUAACCCGAUAUGUCGUUCCCGCUAUUAUACAACAGAUGAACUGUAUUCUGUAGUAGCUUUAAUAAGUGUUGCAAUGGAUGCUACCUUAUGCUAGGACAUAGAACUUAGUUCAUACAAGAUUAACAUUAAUUUCAAUGUCAGUUGAAUAUUUCAAGUGUUCCUUCUACCGUUAUUCUAGUUUACCUUGUAUGAUUUGUCAAUAAACAAUGUCAAUGUA